CAUUGCUGCUCACUACGGUAAUGUUAAUGUGGCUACACUGCUGCUGAACAGAGGGGCUGCUGUGGACUUCACAGCCAGGAAUGGCAUAACCCCUCUCCAUGUUGCCUCCAAACGAGGAAAUACCAACAUGAUUGCCCUGCUGCUGGAUAGGGGGUCUCAGAUUGAUGCCAAGACUAGGGAUGGACUGACACCGCUGCACUGUGCAGCCAGGAGUGGACAUGACCAGGCAGUUGAGAUACUGCUCGAGAGAGGAGCUCCCAUACUGGCAAGAACCAAGAAUGGGCUGUCCCCACUGCACAUGUCUGCUCAGGGUGAUCAUGUGGAGUGUGUGAAACACCUUCUGCAACACAAGGCGCCUGUUGAUGAUGUCACACUGGACUACCUGACUGCCCUUCAUGUUGCCGCCCACUGUGGUCACUACAGAGUUACCAAAUUACUGCUGGACAAGAAAGCUAACCCUAAUGCCAGAGCACUGAAUGGCUUCACUCCUCUGCAUAUUGCCUGCAAGAAGAACAGAGUGAAAGUAAUGGAAUUGCUGGUUAAAUAUGGCGCCUCAAUCCAAGCCAUCACUGAGUCUGGCCUGACGCCAAUCCAUGUUGCUGCAUUUAUGGGGCACCUCAAUAUCGUCCUCCUCUUGCUACAGAAUGGAGCCUCACCUGAUGUCUGUAAUAUUCGUGGUGAGACAGCGUUGCACAUGGCUGCAAGAGCAGGACAGAUGGAGGUGGUGCGAUGUUUGCUAAGGAACGGCGCUCUAGUGGAUGCCAUUGCCAGAGAGGACCAGACUCCCCUUCAUAUUGCAUCUCGUCUAGGUCAGAUAGAGAUAGUGCAGUUGUUACUGCAGCACAUGGCUCAUCCUGAUGCCUCCACCACUAAUGGAUACACACCUCUGCACAUCUCCGCCCGUGAGGGUCAGGUGGAUACGGCUGCAGUGCUGCUGGAGGCCGGAGCAUCUCACUCACUAGCCACAAAGAAAGGCUUCACUCCUUUACAUGUUGCUGCUAAGUAUGGAAGCUUAGAUGUGGCAAAACUCCUCCUACAGCGCAGAGCUCUUAUUGAUGAUGCUGGAAAGUAUGGUCUUACACCUCUGCAUGUAGCUACUCACUAUGAUAACCAGCAGGUGGCGAUGUUGCUAUUGGAUAAAGGGGCUUCUCCUCAUGCUACCGCAAAGAAUGGCUAUACACCUCUGCACAUUGCAGCAAAGAAGAACCAAACCCAUAUUGCCUCUACCUUGUUGCAGUAUGGAGCAGAGACUAAUGCGUUAACCAAGCAGGGUGUGAGCCCUUUACACCUGGCCUCUCAGGAGGGUCACACAGAAAUGGCCUCCGUGCUGCUGGAGAGGGGUGCACACGUCAAUGCUGCCACUAAGAGUGGUCUUACACCUCUUCACCUCACUGCUCAGGAGGACAGAGUGCAGGUUGCUGAAAUACUGGUCAUCCAUAAUGCAAACGUAGACCAGCAGACCAAACUGGGCUACACUCCUCUUAUUGUGGCUUGUCACUAUGGAAAUGUCAAAAUGGUUAACCUCCUUUUGCAAAAUGGUGCUAAUGUCAAUGCGAAAACAAAGAAUGGUUACACACCACUUCAUCAAGCAGCUCAGCAGGGAAACACGCAUAUUAUCAAUGUCCUACUGCAGCAUGGGGCCAAGCCUAAUGCUGUCACAAAGAACGGGAACACCGCUCUCUCUAUUGCUAAACGUCUGGGGUACAUCUCAGUGGUGGACACUCUGAAAGUUGUUACUGAGGAAAUGGUCACAACAACAACUACGGUGACAGAGAAACACAAACUGAACGUUCCAGAGACAAUGACAGAGGUUCUGGAUGUUUCUGAUGAAGAGGGUGAGGACACAAUGACAGGUGAUGGAAGUGAGUACCUGAGAGCAGAGGACCUGAGAGAAUUGGGUGAUGACUCCCUGCCUGGGCACUACCUGGACAGCAUGAGCUACAAUCACAACCUAGACCGGUCGCAUGAUACCCCCAGUCAUCUCAGCUACAGGGGUGAAGGAAUGCUGAUUGAGGACAUUAUCACCAGCCACCAGAUUAAAAGGGUGUCCGCUUUCUCUCGAGGGAAUGAGAAAGACUCAUAUCGACUGAGCUGGGGUACUGAACAUCUUGAUAACGUAGUGCUAACCAGUACUCUUCUGCAGUCAGGCCGAUCAACCCCAUGCCUUGACCAUGACAACAGCAGCUUCCUCGUUAGUUUCAUGGUGGAUGCCCGAGGCGGAGCAAUGCGUGGUUGUCGACAUAAUGGCCUACGAAUUAUUGUGCCGCCUAGAAAGUGUUCAGCACCGACAAGGGUCACAUGUCGUCUGGUAAAGAGGCACAGACUGGCCUCUAUGCCCCCUAUGGUAGAAGGAGAGGGACUUGCAGGCAAGAUCAUUGAAGUUGGGCCUACCGGAGCCCAAUUCCUUGGUAAACUCCACCUUCCAGCAGCCCCUCCUCCUCUUAAUGAGGGAGAGAGUCUUGUGAGCAGAAUUCUGCAGCUGGGUCCGCCCGGCACCAAAUUCCUCGGGCCUGUAAUAGUGGAGAUUCCCCACUUUGCUGCAUUGCGUGGUACAGAGAGAGAAUUGGUGAUUCUGCGCAGUGAGACAGGAGAGAGCUGGAGAGAGCAUCACUGUGAUCAUACAGAAGAGGAACUCAAUCAGAUACUCAAUGGCAUGGACGAGGAACUGGACCCUCCAGAGGAGCUUGAGAAAAAACGAAUCUGCCGCAUCAUCACACGCGAUUUCCCACAAUACUUCGCAGUGGUGUCCCGCAUAAAGCAGGACAGUCACCUGAUUGGUCCAGAGGGUGGGGUGCUAAGCAGCAAGCUUGUUCCACAGGUCCAAGCUGUGUUCCCAGAGGGAGCACUAACCAAACGGAUACGUGUGGGACUACAGGCCCAGCCCAUCAGUGAGGAUCUGGUGAGAAAGAUUCUGGGUAACAAAGCCACAUUCAGUCCAAUUAUUACCUUGGAACCCAGAAGACGCAAGUUUCACAAGCCCAUCACCAUGACAAUUCCUAUUCCCAAAAACUCAACUAGUGAUGGGACAGACAAUACACCUACUCUACGACUGCUAUGUAGCAUUACUGGCGGUACUACUCCAGCACAAUGGGAGGACAUAACUGGAUCCACACCACUAACAUUCAUCAACCACUGUGUUUCAUUUACAACUAAUGUAUCUGCAAGGUUCUGGCUGAUAGACUGCCGUCAGAUCCAGGAGUCUGUGAACUAUUCCACUCAGCUGUAUCGUGAGAUCAUCUGUGUCCCUUAUAUGGCCAAGUUUGUCAUCUUUGCCAAAACAUUUGACCCAAUCGAAGCACGACUGCGCUGCUUCUGUAUGACGGAUGACAAGAUGGACAAAACUCUGGAGCAGCAGGAGAACUUCACUGAAGUGGCCCGUAGCCGAGAUGUUGAGGUAUUAGAGGGAAAGCCAAUCUUUGCUGACUGCUUUGGAAAUCUGGUCCCACUGACCAAAAGUGGACAGCACCAUGUCUUCAGUUUCUAUGCAUUUAAGGAAAAUCGUCUCUCUCUCUUCAUCAAAAUUCGUGACAGCACUCAAGAACCAUGUGGCAGAUUGUCUUUUACAAAAGAGCCAAGAACGUAUCGCAGUCUAAACCACAAUGCAAUAUGCAACCUGAACAUUUGCCUACCUGUCUACUCAAAGGAAUCUGAUUCCGAUCAAGAUGCAGAUGAAGAGUGUGAGAAGACACAUGAAAAAUAUUAUGUCUGUUCUGAGUCAACGGAACUUUCCACGCUGCAGAUCAUACAUGAUCCUGCCACACUUGCAAGUCCAGAUCUGCUUUCAGAUGUAUCUGAUAUGAAGCAUGACUUAAUUAAAAUGUCAGUCCUCCUGACUUCUGAAAAAUCAGAGCAAUCCAUCUCCUCGGAUACAGGCGAGCAAUCAGACAAGGCAGGGUUUGAGGAGGCAGAUGAGCCAUAUGAGAUUGUUGAGAAAGUGAAAGAGGACUUGGAGAAAGUAGAAGAGAUUCUUCUCGAGGCAACACUGGAUGAAACAAAGAGAGAAGGGGCUAUUGAUGAGGACUGGGUACUUCUCAGUGACACAGAUGCUGAUGAAUGCAAAAGCAAAAGCAUGGAUGAAGAUCAAGAGACACUCAUUCAGGAAGUCCGAGUCACAAGAGACACUACAUUCAGUUCUCCUCCUAAGAAGAAUAUGUCAGGAAUGGUUUCGUAUCUCAGCAGUAACUUAGAAAUGUGCCUACAGGAAACCUUUGUACCAAUUAGCUAUCCACAGGAUGUCGAUACUGUUCAAGAAAGCUUUAAAGAGGUUGUUUUGACCUGUGGUAGUAAAUGUCCGGCUGAAAUAAAAAAGCCAGCAAGAAAAAAGCGCAAAGAGAGGGAGUUUGCAAGUGGCAGCUCAGAAGAUGAUUUGGAAAGGAUGAGUAGGAGUCAGUCUGAGGAGUCUCUAGAUGAAGAUGCAGUAAUUGGGGUAUCUGAACCCAUCCUUGGAUCAAUUCCGGUGUCUCCUAGAGUUGUAGAAAUCCCAAUUGGAUCCAUAAAGGACAAGGUUAAGGCACUGCAAAUGAAGGUUGAAGAAGAAAAGGAGGUGGAAAUUCAACAGUGGAAACCCCAAAAAGUGAGUACCUUCCAGAGCAAGUCAUAUUUCACCGAAACAGAGAAAUCAAGCAAACUUCCUCCAAAAUCACCCAAGUCCCCAAAAUCACAGACAGAACGGCUACAGGAAACCAUGUCUGUAAGAGAGCUGAUGAAGGCAUUUCAGACUGGUCAGGACCCGUCAAAAAGCAAGUCUGGACUUUUUGAACAUAAAGCAAUUACGACUAUAACCUCAAAAAGUUCUGAUAUGACGCUGGUUCUCCAAACAAAUGAUAACCAAAUGACAGUAACAAGCCAAAAUUUACAAGACAAAUUUGUGGUAGAAAAAAAGAUCUUUGCAGAAUCACAAUGUAUUGACCCAGACACAAUUCAGCAUAAUGAGGGAAUGAUCAGUGAUGGUGCAACACUACAUGAAAAACCCCUGACGACACCAGACAGUACUUGGUCCAGCCAAAAUAAAGUGAGUUAUCAAGCUGUAACUUCAAAUAUUACUUUUAACUUUGAAGAGGAAAGCCCUCAAGAAAAGCAUAAAAUGACUGACCAAAAUGGAAGAUCGUCUGAGGUACAAGGCAGAUUUGAGACUGAGGAACUACAAAUAACACCAGAAAUGAUAGAAAGCAAAGACACAGGGUUGAUAGCUGAGAGAUUAUGCAAUGAAGAUGACAUCUGCAAGGACAGGAGAUUGUCUGUUGAACCUCAGAUCAGCCCAGACAGGAAACCAUCAGAGGACUUCAGUGCAGAUAUUAAAGCAGAACUUGAGGACAGUCCUGAAUAUCUGCUCUUUAGGCGAACCUCGGGUCAAGCAAAUAAACGUUAUUUAAUGUUUACUGAAGGUAUGUCCUUAGAGGAGGAGGAACAAAUAGAGCAGGCAACUGUGGAUCCAUAUGAUUCAAACAUAAUAACAAAAUGUGCUACUGCAAUGGUGCAAGGUGAGCCCUUACUCCAAAGUGAAAAAGAUGAUAGAAAAUUGGAAGAAACAAAUGAUAGUGACAAACAUGAGGCCUUCGUGGCCUCACCUGGCAAUAGUAUCGGGACCAGAAUGCCUCGUUCCGGCACAGGUGACAGUGAGAAACAUGAGGUAUUUGCUGAAACCCAUCAAUCUUGUCCUGAAGCCCUUGUUUUGUCUUUGAAAACAACUACUUCAGAAGACAGACAUCCAGUGGCUCAGGAGACAGAAUGUACACCCCAACAACCAACUUUGGUUACAUCUUAUGAAAGAGCAGAGAGUGGCAAGAGUGACCAUUUCUAUUCAGUAACCACCCUAAAAAGCAAUAUUGAAUUAGCAUCCCCUGAUGAUUCUAAGACUGAUUCAUCUUUCCUAUCCACCAAAAUUAAGUCACAAUCCACUGAUGAUUCUAAGAGAUUAAUUCAAGACACAAUUGAAGUUAUACAACACAUGGAGUCUAGAGACGGUGAAACAACUGCUCAAGAUAUGGAAAUUGAUUCAGCUUUUAGAGACAGUAUGAAGCCUAUAGAAACUGAUGAAGCUCUUGAGUUUGAGGAGAUACCUGAGCAUAGUCUUCACAGGCAAGAUGCACCAAAUAGACCCUCUAAUUUGGAUGCUCUACAGCCUGCAACUAUGAGUGACUCUAAAACUCUCUACCAAACAGACUCUCUUGAAACAAGUCCUAUCAAAGAAGAUAAUUCAUCCCUUAAAACCCCAGACUCCAUUGAGACAAGCCCAACCAAGGAGUCCCCAAGUCCAGAUUCUUUAGAGGGGUGUCCCACUGGGCAGAGACCUGAUUUCCAAGAAUCCGGACAAUUGAGUUUUGUUGGAAGUGACUUUUCAACAAGUCAGACCUCCAUUUCUGACUCCAGAGAAAAUGAAGUAAAGGAAAUCAUUUUCAAACAGGAAAUUCAUGAAGAAAGUGAAUCAUCCCAAGCAUUAGGAACACAGGAGACCCCAGAUGUGCAGAGUCUUUCCGUGACCUUGGAGCUAAAAGAAGAGGUAAAUCACCAUGAGGAUUGUGAAGAUAUUGAAACUUUACAAAGGCAGUUCACUCCAGAAGAGGAGAUGUUUAAGAUGGUGGCAAAGAUCAAAACGUUUGAUGAAAUGGAAAAGGAUGCAAAAAUUAAAAAAGUAAAAUUUGAUUUUGACUGUGUUUCUAAACAACCAAGAGAGGAAGAUGUGUUGUCACCACAUAAAAGUCCAACGGACUUCAACACUGUGUCGACCAAAGAAUCAAAAGAGCAAUGCUUAGAGAACCUGACUGAAUCUGACCCAUCUGGCCCAGUAUUACUUUCUUCAUUGUCAGAUGAUGAUUUUGACAGGGCUAAGUUGGCUGAGUCACCUCACAAGGUCUCAGGAGAAACCACAUUGAACAGUCAGACUUUAGAGACCAAGAAUAAAGAUGAACAGGAUCAUAGCCAUUUUGGGACAGUUGAUUUACAGCCCUGCACAGAUAUACCAUCUAUGCAAACACACAUAGAGAACAAGGAGAAAGGCUGUGAACAGCUCCCGUCACAUUACCAUAGCAUAGUAAUCGGUGAAGCUCACACAGCUGACACUACAAAGGAGGAUCUAAUUGUUACAUUAACAGAGAGCAAAAUGGACAUUGAGAUGGACAGUGAUGUUGAUUCUAUGUCUCCUGUUGAGUGCACUUCUGAAAAAUUGUCUGAACCAAUUUCCCCCAUUGAUGUCAUUUUCUCUACUACUGCUGCAAAGAAAGUGGAGGAUGAAGCCCUGAUCUAUGUAGAUGAUAAAGGAAAACCAGAAGAAAUUACAGUACCUCUUUGGAGAGACUUAGUACCCUGGAGUGCCGAAGUGGAAGAUGAUGAGGCAUUUGAUGCACAAAUAGAGGCUGAGGAACAGAAGAUACUUGCUCUGUGUGCAGACAGACGAUCCCAUGGAACCACACCUGACACAACUCCAGGACGCACUCCUACUGAAGAUGGGACACCAAAUCCUUUCCUUUUCCAAGAAGGAAAACUUUUUGAGAUGACCAGAGGUGGAGCCAUUGACAUGACCAAAAGGACAAUGGAGGAAGAGGAAGAAAGGUUAGGCUUUUUCCCCAUAAAUGAAGAUUCAGCUGAAGAAGCUACUUUUGAAGAAGUUACAUUUAACACCAGUGACUCUGUUGCUGUAGCUUCUUUGGAGCUGCCUGCAGAUGAUUUAUUGCAGCAAGAUAGUAUUGCUGAAGAGCGUGAUGAAAAGUCUGAUAGCUUUAGUAAAAAUGGAAGUGAGACUGAUCCAAAAUAUCCAGAACCAACUGAUUUCUCCAUCCAGAGUGAACUACAGAGCCCCACAGAGAAUACUGUAUUCCAUGAAGACAUUCUCAUACCAAACAUUGACACUGUCACUUCUACAGUAACACGAACAGUAUAUUCUGAGCAAGACCUGGAAUCCUCUGAUUCUUCAGUGGAAGAUGAACAGCAUUCUAUUAUUGAAAUGCCCAUAUCCACCCAAGAAUCUGCUGUUAGUCAAAAGCAAUUCCAAAUAUCACCUUUAUUUUCCACUCCAUUCAAGGACAUUGUUACUGAAAUAAAAGACACAACACUGAAACCAAAAACAGCUGUGAAAGCAGCCAGCUUUGACCAAACUUUAGGGCAAGGGGACUCCAUUGAGCAGAAUCAAAGGCCUAGAUCCGAAGCAGAUAUUGGUGACUUAGAAUGGUCCAUGUCUGUUGUGGAAAAUCAUAUAAAUAUAGACAGCAGCUACCCCAAACCAAAGACUUCAUCCUCCAAUAAACCUGAACUUCCCGCUAAAUGCUCUCAGGAAUUGGACCUUUCAAAGAAGACAGAGUGUAAUGAAACUGUUGGAGACAGAGCCCCUCUUGACUUAGAGAUAGAAAGUAGUUUGAAAGGAGUUCGACCCCCUUCCAUAGGUGAGGAUGUUUUUGAGACACGGCCAAACUGGGAUGAUUGUGUGGAGACACAGAUGCAGAGAAUCUCAGACAGCACUACCUCAGACCAAAGUAAAGUGGACUGGCAUGAUGAUGCAGAUAGGAAAGAAGAGACUUUGGCCAUUAUUGCUGACCUUCUAGGUUUUAGCUGGACUGAGCUGGCCAAAGAGUUGGAGUUUAAUGAAGAUACGAUUCAGCAAGUUCGAGCUGAAAACCCAAAUUCACUACAAGAGCAAAGUCAUACCCUUCUACAGCACUGGGUAGAGAGAGAAGGAAAACAUGCAACUGAAGAUAUAUUGAUUAAAAGACUUACUAAAAUUAACCGCAUGGACAUCGUCCAUCUCAUUGAGAUUCAAUUGCACAAGUCAGUCCAGGAGCAAACCUCAAGAACAUAUGCAGAGAUUGAAAGGACCCUGGACCACAGUGAAGCUCUCUCCUCAGUCCAAGAGGAUGUUGACAGUCUUCAGGUUGUGCGGAGAGUGGAGUCAUCACAAAGGCAUCCUCCAGCCGUGUCAGAAGAAGACUUGUCAGUGGCCUCUCUCCUUGACAUUCCAUCAUGGGCUGAAAUGAUGGGAAAUGCCCAUUCAGAGAGCAUUCAUGAAGAUCUGAUGGAGGAACUGGAGAUCAACGAGGAGAGUUGCACCAAUCUAUGGCUACCAAAAGAGGUCAAGAAAGAAUCUUCAAAUGAAGCUGCAAAUGAGAUUGAUGAUGCAUUAGGUGUGCUGUCGGAUAGCUCUGAUGAGGAUGUGCUGACCACCAGAGUGGUCCGAAGGAGAGUAAUUAUUCAGGGUGAUGAUGUUGCAGAUAUUCCUACACAGUCUGUAACCGAAGAGCAAUACACAGAUGCACAGGGAAACUUUGUAGUGAAGAAGGUGACCCGGAAGGUGAUUCGACGAUGUGUCUCAUCUGAUGGUGUAGAGAAAGAGCAGGUGAGGGUGGAGGGCUCCGCUCAGCAGCCUAUCAGUGUGGCACAGGGAGACGGGUACUCCAAAGUAAUGAAGAGAACAGUACUGAAGAGUGAGGGACAUCAAACAGAGGUGACUUUCCAUGAGCAAGACAGCAUGUCAGCCUCAAAGGCGGGGUCUGCUGGAGAUCAAGAGGUCAGGCAGGUUGUCCAGACAACGAUGGUACAUGGUGAAAUAAUGGAGAAGCAUGAGGGGGAUCCAUUCCUCACCACAGACCUGCCCUCUGCACGAGAUGACUUCACCCAGGACGAGGAUGCAGAAGUCUAGGACUCAGAGGCGGUCAGUAGUGAGGGAUGCUGGGGGACAGAAGCGUGUGUGCGUGGAGCAGAUAGACGAUCGUCCUGAGCACCAUGACAACCUACAGCAUCACAUCCAUCACCUUAUUCACCACUACUGUGCCCAAAACGUCAGAGAGGAAGAGAUGGACGAAGCUGAAGAAAAGUGAUGGUUUCCCCCUUAAUUUUCCUUCCCCAAUCUCUAUCGCUCUUCUCUUUGAGCCCCUCCAUCCUCCUACCCACUCCUAUGCACCAUGCUCAUGCAAUCCCAGAGUGCACUUCACUCCUGCCACUCACAGUCUUCCUGUCAAAACUGGUUGUUUGACCAGUUUAAGUCAAUGGACAAUAUUUUCACUCUCUUUAUUUCCCCAGUUCACCAUGCGUGUGUUUUUCUGCCUUUCAUCGUGACCAAAGGGUGUAUUCUUCCUUUCGUUUCUUCAUUUUAAUCCAUUGUUUCUCUUUAAUGUAUUAAUAACUGUAAAGAACACGCAACAAAAAAUUAGAAGGGGUUUAAUCGAGCAGAAAACUGUUCACUCACAAAUCUUAAUCGUUCAUAUUCUGAACAUUUAAGCUUGAAUUAACAGAACUUGUAUUGCACUGCCUACCAUGAUUAUAGAACUUAAAAUAUCUUUGCAUUAUAUCAUGCCACAUCAUGACAUGCUCUUUUGAUCUCAACGGUUGAGAUGUCUACAAACUUUUUGCCUUCUUUAUCAGCUGCUGGGGUGUUGUGUGUCUGUGUAAUCUGUCCAUGGAGAUUAUAUAUAAUAUGCAUUUUUUAAAAGACAGUAGUGCACAUUAUCCACCUGUAAGGAUAUUAGCAGGCAUGCUUAGCUAGCAGCAGUCACAUAAUAACAGUCAGACUCUUUCUAUGGUUAGACGACUGUCAAUUUUGUCUCUCUGUCAUCUCACCCCUCUCUCUUUGUGUCUGUGAUCUGUAGCAACCCUACCCUCAUAAUUAUCAUUACUGGACUUCAAACAUUUCAACACAGGCUUUUUGUUGUAAUAGGUCACAUUAACGUUUGCUUAUGGUUUAAAAUUUUCUUUGAGGUAAUGUGGCAAGCAUUUUAAGAAGGACUCAGGAAGUUAAGUUGGAAUGCUCUUGGAUUUAAAUUCAAAGAGGCAAACUACAAGUUAUAUGUUAAACAUACAAUUCUGUUUUCAGUUUGAAAUGAUUCAUCAAUUCUGUUUUCAAUUAGAAUGUAUGCUUUUCUUUAUGGGUGUGUGUAGAUGUGAAAAAGGAAAUUUGAGAUUUUAUUUUUCAAUUAUAUUAUUUUCUCUGUUUUGUAUAUAUUGCUCAAUAUCAGUAUGCGUCAGAGAUUAUUGCUCUGAGGUAUUUGUGAGACUUAAUGCUUUCAAAAUGUUUUGUUGGUUUUGAAAGUGAGUAAAAGGGGUUUAAAAAAAUCAUGUUUUAUUUAUGAUGUAUUAAAUUUAAACGUGUGUCAUAACGAAACGUGUGAAACAGAAUUGAAAUGAAUGAAUCUGUGCAUUGUGAUAUACUCAACAUACUGUAUGCCCUUUAGGAUUCACCAAAUCACAAUUGGCUUCAGAUUCCAAGGAAGGAGUGUACAAUGUGAUAUUGUUGAUUUAUUUUCUUUUUAACUGCAGAUAAAUGCAGCUGCGUUAGAGGAGUUUGUCUUUUGGUGCUGAUCUGAGGCCAGCUGUGCUUUUCCCUUAUAAUAGUUAAGAUUUAAAUAAGGGUGUGGGGAAACUGGCCCUAGAACAGCACUAAAUGUCUUCCUCUAACCAGAGCAAAGUCAUGAAGUUGAACACUGCUACUACUUUCACUGUGACUGGCCUAUGUUUGAUUUACUGAAUCUGCAUUCUAUGUCUGUGGAGAUAAGAAUAUGCAUAUAUAGUACAUAAAUAUCUAUCCAUAAAGGCAUGUAUUAGUUUACUAUAUGACUUUUAAAAAAGACAUUUAAACACUAUACAAAGGCUGCAGUGUGUGUAUAUGGCUGAACGAGAAUAAAAGUGUAUAAGUGUCAUAAAAUGCAUGUCCUGGCAAUUUUUUCUCUCUCAAUUUGGUAUCCUCCUGAGACCUGAGGAUGACUGCUGUGUGCAUUUUCCAUUUCCCUUUUUGAUUUGUAACUAUUAGAUCCUAAUACACAUGGGCCUAAAAAUUGAUGGCAACAUACAGUAUGUGGGCAGUGGGACUAAGCUGUGCAAUUUUAAAUAAUUUAGAAAGUCAGAUUUUUUUUAAUCAAAUUGUUUAUUAUGUUUCAAGAAGUGUUGGUUAUUUAUGUUUUUGAGAUGUUACAGACAUUACAUCAUAAAUUAGCAUAA